AUGUUUAAGGAGACUGUGACCAUUGAUGCCAAGGGACAUCUUCUGGGCCGUCUGGCUUCAGUUGUCGCCAAGGAAUUAUUAUCUGGACAGAAGGUCGUGGUUCUCAGAUGUGAAGAACUUAACAUCAGCGGAUCACUAUUCAGAAAUAAGCUUAAAUACCAGAGAUUCUUAAGAUUAAAGACGAAUACCAACCCGAACCACGGUCCUUUCCAUCUCCGAAGCCCCUCUAAGUUUUUUGCAAGGGUGGUGAGAGGAAUGCUCCCACACAAAACUAAGAGAGGAGCGGCCGCUUUGAGGAGACUCAAGACAUUUGAGGGUGUUCCUCCCAAAUAUGCCGAAAACAAGAAGAUGGUUGUGAAUCCGGCACUUCGUUUUCUCAAGUUGAAGCCCGGGAGGCGCUACUGCCGUUUGGGUGAUGUCUUAACAAAGGUUGGAUGGAACUACGAUGGCCUCGUUAAGAAGCUUGAGAAUCGCAGGAAGGAACGCUCCAAGGAGAUGCACAGGGCCAGAAGCUCACUGAGAGCCAAGGCUAAGAACGCCAAAUUGGCAGCCUUGGCCAAGCUCCCGGAGGAAUCCAGGGCAAUUUUGACCGAACUUUCUGCCUAA